UGUCAGUUGUCAUGGAUACAAAACCAGGCUGGAAACAGCAUUUUACUGCUCAUUUGGGGUGUUUCAGAAACGUGGUUAGCGUCAGACCAGGAGAUUUCACUUGCCAUGAUCAGUCCACUUGACAAAACAAAGGCACAUAAACUAGGGCAAAAAAAGAAUUGAUUUAAAAACUGACCUCAUGGAUAUGGUAACAGCUUCAAACACCACCAACAAUGACACGUGUACCAACCUGUAUGACCAUCGCAGUUGGGCACACAUUUUCCUGCCUCUGGUGUACUCUCUGAUAUGUAUUGUGGGAUUUCUGGGCAAUGCCUUGGCUUUGCAUGUCAUUUGGCCUAACCUAAAGAAAAUUAACUCCACCACUCUCUACUCAGCCAACCUGGUGGUUUCGGACAUCUUGUUUUCACUCUCUUUGCCAUUGCGUGUGGUUUACUAUGCAAAAGGGUUCCACUGGCCGAUGGGGGAAGGCCUAUGCAAGGCCACAGCUUUGCUGUUUUACAUCAACAUGUACGCCGGUGUCAACUUCAUGACGUGCUUAAGUGUGGACCGUUUCAUUGCUGUGGUACUACCGCUGCGCUUCUCGAGGUUCCGGAAAGUUCAGAACGUACGGUACAUUUGUGUGGCAGUAUGGGCAGUGGUGCUGAUGCAGACCCUGCCUUUGCUGUCUAUGCCAUUGAAAAACACGGAGCAAAGUGGUUACAUUACAUGUAUGGAGUAUCCCAACUUUGAGAAAAUCGCUAACUUGCCCGUCAUGCUCAUUGGUGCCGUGUUUCUUGGCUUCGGCAUUCCCUUGAUCACCAUACUGGUGUGCUAUUCUGCACUAUGCUCCAAACUCCGUCUGCUAGCAAAGUCCAAUAAACUGAUGGAGAAGUCGGGUCGCAGUCGCAAAGUUAUUGGUGUGAUUUGUGCUGUCAUUCUCGUGUUUAUGGUUUGCUACAGCCCGUAUCAUAUUGACCUUCUGCAGUACAUGAUCAGGAAGCUUCAGUACAAUCCAGAUUGUUCAGAACUGCACAACUUUCAGAUCUCUCUUCACAUCACCGUCUGCCUCAUGAAUCUCAACUCGUGCCUGGACCCCUUCAUAUACUUCUUCGCCUGCAAGGGCUAUAAGAAGAAGAUACUCAAGCUGCUCAAGAAGCAAGUGAGUAUGUCCUUCUCAAGUGUGGUCAGGACCUCCCCUGAGGAAUCCUCCAAAGACGUGUUGGCAAACGACAAAAUCCAAAUAAGCACCAGAAGCUACCAGAAAGAGAAUAGCAGUAUGCUACUGAAUGAAUAAAGGCAUCAAUGCUUUCGAACCGCCUCUGUUGAUGUGUGGCUAACACACAGAAUGCAAAUAAAUGCAGUUGGAUGACUGUAUGAGAUGUUCUGAAAACAACAAAGUAUAUUUCUUACCUCUAGAUUAUUUUAUAAACUUUCAAGCUGAAGGUCUUCGGACCAUGGUUAACAUUAUAUUGCCAUUGUCUUAUGUAGCUCGUUUGAUGUAUAGAAUUUGAAUUGAUGUUUUUAAUUGCUCUUUUGGAUAAUAAAAAUAGUAUUGAGCCAUGCCAGUGGAAAGAGUCACAAGUGUGCCUCAAUUGUUCCUUCCAGUAGUGCUUCAGGAUAUUAAACCUGGUGAUGAUGGUUUGUAAUAACGGUAUCAUAAUAUUUUAUAUAGUUUCCCAAUUGUUUAGGAUUUAGGAUUUCUUAACCCGUGACCCACACACAUAAUCAAGUGAACUUAGAUGCUUUUUUUUCUGAUCAUGAAAGGGGGGGUUAACAGGUUAUAAACCAUUGAAAUAGAAGGCAGUUGUCCAGUUUCUGUGACUUGCCCCCUUUUAAAUUUAACAGCUGUCUCCAUUUGAAAAGAAAAACACAAGGUUUUAACUUAAACAUUCAGUUUCUUUGGCUAUUAGUAAACAAACAAUCUUCAACCAAACGACAUGACUGACAGCAUCUAGUGGCCAACAGAGGAAUUAUAACAUGCAGUGGGAUUGUGAUAUAUAUUUCAUGUGUACCCAUUUUGUCAACAGCUUAAAAAAAGAGAUUGAAUACAGAAAAAGUUAAAUCCACUUAUUAAAUGCGAAUUAGUCUAAUUAUGAAGGAAAAAGUGUACACAAAACGAAAAAUCUAGUCUUAACCAGAACCUAGAGUCGGGAAAGUUUUUAAUUCAUUGCAAUUGCAAAUAAAACCAGCAGAGAGAGACAUAACACAACGCAAGAAAAGUGAACAUGCACAAUACAACAGAUAUCCUUUACACUGUCAGUCAACUUGACACAAGAAACAGGGAAAAAAAAUGCACAUAUUAAUUUGGCAUUCUGGUGUGAAAUCAGUUCAUAAUGGAAAAGAAGAAAGUGCUAAUGUAUAGACGAGAGGAGGGUAAUUUGCUUUUUAUCAUGAACAUGACUUUUCAGAAAGCACACUAAAAGCACAAUUCUCAGAUUAGUGGUCGACCAAUAUAGUUUUUUUAAUGAUUGCCAAAUAAACGUACCUCUCUCCUGCUACUUUUAAAGGAAUAUUUUGGGUUCGAUACAAGUUAAGCUCAACUGACAGCAUUUUUUAUUUUUUAUUUUUUUUGGCAUAAGCUGAUUACCACAAAAAAUAAUUUAGACUCGUCCCUCCUUUUCUUAAAAAAAAAAAAAAAACAAGGGUUCAAAGGCAGAAAUGUGACACUUAUAAUUUUAUAAAAGCACUUACGUUAGUUAUUCUGUUAAAUCUCAUGCAUUAUUUGAGCUGUAAAGUUGUUUAAAUUAUAAUUUUUACAGUCAUUUUAGGAUUUGAGGGUUUGUUGACAUUACAUCAUCAUAGUAACGAAGUUGUAAAAUUGGAUAUAACUUUACACAGAAAAGAUUAGUAAUAAUUAUUUUUUUACAGAUGUAAACAUGCACAUUGUUUGUGUCUUGGCUAAAUUUUUGAAACAGUGAGUAUUUUAACGUUUAUGGAUUGGCCCCAUUUACUUGCAUUGUAAGUGCCUCACUGUUACCCAGAUUUUUGCUUUUUUUUAUGAUAAGGAGGGGCUUAUCAUUAGUCAAAAUAAAUUUUUGUGGUAAUCAACAUUAUGCCACAGAUGCUGUCGAUUGACAGAUUCAAGGCAAGGUCCCAUUCCCUUGGAUCCCAAAGCAAUUCCACUGACUGAAAGAAUGUCUUUGGGUAUUGUAUCUGUUGCCUGAUUAGAAAUUCUACUAUAACAUUUGCUGAUGUACAGUAUGUAGUCUUAACCAUCAAAUUCCAUCCAUUAAUGUCUUUUAAAUUAUAUAGCAUAUUUCACAUUAUAUAACCCAAGCUACAAAUGUUAAAAUGAAACAUUUCUCUCUCUUUGUUUUCAGUUAAUUUACGAUUAGCAUGCUUAAAGGUGCUGUAAGUGAUUUUUUCAUGGAAAGCUAUGACAAAAAAUGUCCUACUCUCUGAAAGAUUUUAAUGAAAUAAGUGCUCUGAAAUAUCUCACCUGUCUCUAUAACAGCUCUAAACUCUGUAAACAGCAAACAAAAAUGUGUCCACGGUCCGCGGACAAUGACACUUUCUGCCUGUCAAUCAUUUUGCGUGUUUUCAUAGUAUUGUUGUUGCAGCAAAUUAUUGAGGUAUACUGCAUUUUUAUGCCAUGUUGUUCAUAACAGUUGUCAGUUGAGACCGCUGUUUUCCUAAUGUUGUUUUUAACAACCAUUUCUGCUCUCAAUAAAGCUCAUUUUUGUAUCUUUGGAGUUCGGGGUUUUGGAAAGGGGGGGCGUGGCUAAUCCAACAGCUCAGUCUUGUGGAAGUAGAACGGCUGGAAUCGCUUACAGCAACUUUAUGGCCAACGCAUGGCCAACGCGUGGCCCCAUUGUACAUACAUUAUGCGCACUCUUGUGUUGCUCUGGCGGUUACAAACCUCAGAACACAAGAGGGCAAUAGAUUUUUUAGGCAUGACCACAAAACCGGUGCUGCGUCUGAAACCAGGUAAAUGCUGCCUUCAGAGGCUGUAUACGGAGGCAGGAUGAAAAUAAGGUGCUUUUCAAACUGUUCGGAGACCAGUUUCCAUAAGAGUUCCAUUCAUUCAAAACAGGUGUCAGUUAAGCCAUUAACUGAUUAGGCAGCAAGUCAGCUGUCUACAUUUUUGGAUGCAGCCCAUAUGUGAAAGAUGAGUUGUAGCUAGUUGGUUUGAAUGGACUGGGGACAAAAAGUCGUAUAUAUUUUUCGAAAAGAUUAAACUCAAAUUGCUGCCCGAGUCCUCCAUGACAGUUGUCGAUUGAAAGAAGAAAAUCCGCUCUAGCGCCCCUUGCAGCAAUGCUGAGAAUGUAUUUGCGUUGGGUUAUGAAUUGAGCGCUGACACAUUUCACAACGCAACGACGUGUAAAAUCGAGCUUGUGUAGCAAGGUGUGUAUACGUUCACGUACUUGCGUAGAGUAUGUCUGGGUCAUUAACUAGCAUAGUACUACUCAAGUUACUACACCUAAUCAUCUCAAACCACUGUAGAAAGCUGUGGUAAUACCAUAUUUUUUUUAGUCUUAUAAUUGUAGCCCUUGUUUUUAAAAAGCUAUAGUAAAACACAUACAUUUGAGUGUUAACAUUUUUAUUUUCUUUAAUACAUAUUUUUGCUUUAUAACACUUAAUGGCAUGCACGUGUAGCAUUCAGGUGUACAGAAAACUUGACUUUUCUGAGUCUCAUACUAACUUUAUGUCUGCAAUGUAUUUUAUUUAAAGCCUUAUUGGUUUCCUAAGUUUUUCCAAAAAAAAAAGUUUUUUUGUUUUGGAAAAACUUGUGAUUGGUUAAGAGGUGGGACUUAGGUCAAGUAGUGUGUGUGUGAGAUCAGAGUGACACAGGAGAAAGAAGAUGAGAACUUCAGAGUUAGACACGCAGAGUGUUGCUUAUUUAUAUUUCUCUCAUACUUUUGAGUAAAGUGUUGUUAAUCUUUUCUUUCAUCAUUUCUGAGAGCAAUAGAAGUGUUGAGAGUUCAUCACCUGUGAAAAGUGUGUUUUAGUUACAUUUUGUGCAUAAAUUCACUCACUCGCUGCACGCCCCUUUUGCUGCGAAUCUGAGAAGCUUAAACCGGAGACUGUGCUCCUAUGGCAUCACUGGAUUCAAUUAUCCAGACAGACCUCCAGGUUACCGAACACCUGUGAGCUCCUCUGGCAUUGUGGGAUUUCGUCAUCUCCCAGACAGACCUCCAGGUUACUGGAACACCCGUGAGCUCCUCUGGUACUGCGCGAGGCAUGGAUUCAUCGUGGAUCGGUAUCGCUGUCUCACAAGCUGCUCUUCUAAGUUCCCUGCCGAUCACGAGAUCAGCUAAUGGUUCCAGGACACCAUUAUACUUAGUGAGUAACGUUCUGAUUGUUUCUGCUCUGUUAGAGUGAAGCGGCGACAUAGUUUAACACCUCAAUGUACCCAAGCGUCGCACAGGCCUGCAAUGGGGUAUUUAAGUUUGUUUAUUUUCAUAUCUAAGUUAAUUGCAGGCUUAUAUACACUUUAAAAGAGUCAGGAUACAGUAAAUAUCUGUUUAUACCAAAGAAAAGAGUAUUUAAGAGUGUAUUCCUUUGAAUUUGGGUGACAAGUUUGUUUAUAUUCAUGUAAAACUUUGAAAAGCUGUGAGUUUUGAACGAAAGGUUCUUUUGAGUAUUCAAUUAGCUGUUCGAAUCUUUUGAUUUGUUACUUGAUUCUUUUGAACUAUUUGACUCCCGAUUUGAACAAUUCAAUUCCUUAUUUCAUUCCCUAUUUUAUUAUUUGACUUCAUAUCUAAAUUGAUUCUUUGAAAAAAACUAUGUGAAUCUUUUGAGUAAAACUAUUUAAUUCCAGUGUGAAUGAUGUGUUAAUUUUGAAAACUUUGAUUCUUAAAGUGAAUUUAUUUGAUUCAUUUGAAGUGAAUUAAGUGAUUCUUUAGCUUCAUCUGGUUAAAGUAUUUGAUUCUUUUGAGUAUCCAACUGGAUUAUCCAUUAGCAAAUAUAACUCUAAUAUUUCAAUGAACACAGAGCACUUUAUUUCAAGGAAGGAAGUGCUACAAUAUAAAAUGGAAGCACCACUAGGAUGUUUGACAUAUUUAGUGUAUUUUGAGAGAAGCAGCCAGUGCAGUCAAUAUGACUACUCCCCCAGACAUUCUGAAGUUUGAAUUAAUUAAAUGGAGUGAAGGGUUAGGAGUUUAUCCCUCUUAUCCUCUUGUGCUCACUGGUGUACGUACAGACGUAGAUAUCACAGCCAUUGAAGAUGCUGCACAAGCUGUGAAGGCUUUUGGGAGAGUACAUGUAAGGGGUGACAAGUACAACUCAAGAAUGAGAUGUAAUAUGGUGCUAUGUGAGUGCCGACAGCCUUUAAACCCUAAUCACACUCCCUCUGAGAUCAUACCUACCAGUGGAGUAUCCCCCUGGAAACCAUACUGCUUACCCAGCCUGCGAGUGGUCCUGAUCAGUUCUCUGAAAAAUUCAGUAGAUUGUUGAGAGAGGAAGGAAAGACAAUGGAAGAUGUCAAAGCCCUUUUCUCCAAAGAACCUGUACAAGCGAGUUCACCUGAUAGUAUUAUUAGAGCAGUUGGAGAUCUGCUUGAGACCUUCUAAUGACAGUAUUGCAUUCAGACGCUUGAGAACAUUUUCUGGGAAAGUUCCCACUCCUUCUGGUGAAGAAAGCCUAGAACAUUGGUUCACACAAGCCCACUUUGAAGGGUGAAGAGAGUUACUGUUCAAACAGAGAAGAGCAUAGUCGAAUAUUUGAAAGCUUGAAAGGCCCAGCCUUGGAUAUUAUUCAAGCUGUGAGGCUAAACUACCCAGAAGCCAGUCCUUCUGAAUACUAUACAGCAUUAGAAAAUGCCUUUGGAACUCCUGAGUCUAGAAAGGACCUGUAUUUCACCAUCAGAACUAUGCACCAACAGUCUGGUGAAAAGCUUUUUGACUUCCUGCAGAGAUUGAGAGAUCUCUCAGAAAAGUCAUUCAAAGAGGUGCCAUAUCUCCUCAAUGCACUGAUCAAGCUAGGCUGGAACAGCUUAUUAGAGGUUCCUCAGAGACUGACAAGACACUUGUACAUCUCCGUCUCAGGGAGAGAAAAGAAAAGCCUCUUACAUUCUUACAGUUGUUGAAUGAAUUUCGAGAGGAGGAAGAGUAUGAAGCCUCACAAUGUAAGUUGAAUCCUACAGUGAGGUAGGUUCAGCCUACAGAAGAGGUAACACCAAAAUCUUCUGAAAUUCAAGAGUUGAAAGCAGAAAAAUGUUGACCUCCAAGCUUGGAGAGUUAACAAAUAAAAGAGAUACAGAGCCUGAAACAAAGAGUCAAAAUUCUAAAAAGACAGUUGAGAUCAUCACAGAGUGUGUUUUGCAGAAACAAGUGAAACAGCUUCAAGAGCAGCUCAGUGUAAUGACUGUCACACAGCACUUCAGUGUCUAGAGAUUCACAAAAGAAGGAAGUUAAACACAAACCAUUUCAUUACAAGCAGUCUCAGUUUCCUAAUUACUCUCCUGAGUUCUUUUGCUAUGGAUGUGGUGAAGAUGGCCACAUUGCCACUCAUUGUAACUCUCCAGAGAACACUGCAAAGUAAUUCCGAAACUGAUCCGAGCUCUUCGUAAGAGUGAAAGUGAAAAAGAUCCUAUCCAUGAACCAACUGCAGCAGUGGAGAAUUGUUCUGUCAGAUGAGGAACUGUAAACUCUCCUAAGCUCAGUCGCCUCCCAGAGGGCUUAGUUGGUCCCUCUACUCUUGCUAAUGUGACAAUUGAAGGUCAGCCCUGUAAAGCCCUACUUAACAGUAGUUCUCAAUUCGCAAUAGUAUUUGAGAGCUGGUACAAGCAGUACAUUUCUCAUGUUCCAAUUUUGCCACUAACAGACCUUGCCAUAUGGGGUCUCAGUGAUUCCACUUACCCUUAUAGGGGUUAUAUAUCUGUUGACUUGACUUUCUGCAGUUACAAAUAGCUUGCUGAAGAGAGUUUCCAUCUUGACUCUGGUAUGUCCAGACCAAAAAAUCCUGAUCCUGUGUCUGUCAUUCUUGGCAACAAAGCUUCUAAGAUCAAAACAUUGUUUGCACACUGUAAAGAGUUGGACAAUGACCGUACAAUCAGAUCUCUGAGAAUAAUACCUUAUGAGUUGAAAGUCCCAAAACAGUCCCUGAAGUUAAGCAGUUUAGUACCUGAUGAUGCUGUGAGACUUGUAAAAUGGUUAGGUUCAAGACCCUUAACCUUCCCUUCUCAUAGCACUAGCUAUGUUGUCUGUAAGGUUACUUCCUACCAACCUUUAGGCAACAGCAUUUUCAUGGUGGAGACUCCAGAAGACAACAAACUCCCUGCCAGUGUGUUAGUGCCUUCUCUAGUGAUGACUUCAGCUACCAUGGGUGUAAAUAACUUCCUCUUACCAAUGCGUAAUGAGUCCCAAAAAGAAACUGCCACUCCUUGCUUAUGUGUAUGCUGUAGACACUGCAACUGUGCUACAUCCAAGCAGAAAGCUGUCAGAGAGGGCUGGAGUAUUUUCACUGGACGAAUGGGAUAUGAGACUGGUCAAAGGGGUAGAACACCAUAUAAGAUGUGAUUCUAAGCCAUUCCGUGAGAGAUCCAGGAGAACUGCACCAGCUGACAUUGAUGAUGUCCGCCGCCAUUUACAAGAACUGCUGGAAACAGGAAUAAUUAAAGAAUCCUGUAGCCCUUAUGCCUCCCCCAUAGUUAUCGCCAGGAAAAAGGUUAAUGGAGGCUGCAGUGGGUGACAUGAACCUGUUAGAAGUACUUGUCUAUUUGAAUGAUCUUAUAGUGUUUGGAAAAACAAUUGAGCAUGAAGAACACAUUUUUAAUGUGCUGGAUCGGCUGGAGGAGUGUGGUCUCAAAAUCUCGCUUGACAAGUGUCAGUUUUGUCAGCCACAAGUGAAAUAUGUGGCCCUGUUGUGUCUCCUGCUGGCAUUGCCACAGACCCAGAAAAAGUUCUAAAUUGGACGAAACCAAUAGAUCUCAAAUCUUUAAGGUCGUUACUUGGAUUCUGUGGAUACUACCAUCAACUCAUUGCAAAUUAUUCCACAAUUGUCAGACCCUUGACAGAGUUGACCAAAGGUACUACUUGUUUUCCUUUUCUUUUGCGCAAGAGGAUCAAAAAGCAGCACUACUUUGAAGAGUCUGAACCUUUUGCUGACUGAUGGGAUGAAACCUGUGAUGCUUCCUUCCAGAAAGUCAUACAUUGUCAUACGAAUGGCCCCAAACAAACCUUACAUCUUACAUGUUGAUGCAAAUCUUGAUGGUUUGGGAGCUGUACUCAACCAAGAAUACCCUGAAGGCCUCCGUGCUGUUGCUUUCCCCAGCUGAAAGUUGAGUUGGUCAGAACGCAACUACCCAAUUCAUCGGCUAGAGUUCCUUGCCCUGAAAAGGUCCAUCAUGGAUACAUUUAACAAUUUCCUGUAUGGUGCCAAAUUUAAUGUGAGAAUGGAUAACAAUACUUAACGCAAAACUUAACGCUACUGGCCACAGUUGGUUAGCUGCCUUGACUACUUACGACUUCAAUGUACAGUACAAACCUCAAAAGAACAACAUUGAUGCAGAUUUGUUGUCCAGGAAUGCACAAGAUAUUAGGGCUGCUUGAUUAUGGCAAAAAUCAUAAUCACUAUUAUUUUGGUCAAUAUUGAGAUCACAGUUUUUUUUUUUUUUUUUUUUUGGAAUGCCCAAUUCCCACUACUUAGUAGGUCCUCGUGGUGGUGUGGUUACUCACCUCAAUCCGGGUGGCAGAGGACAAGUCUGAGUUGCCUCCGCUUCUGAGACAGUCAAUCUGCGCAUCUUAUCACUUUGCUCGUUGUGCAUGACACCGCGGAGACUCACAGCACGGGAGGCUCAUGCUAAUCUCCGCGAUCCACGAACAACUUACCACAUACCCCAUUGAGAGCAAGAACCCCUAAUCGAGACCACGAGAAGGUUACUCCAUGUGACUCUACCCUCCCUAGCAACCGGGCCAGUUUAGUUGUUUAGGAGACCUGUCUGGAGUCACUCAGCAUGCCUUGGAUUCAAACUCGUGACUCCAGGGGUGGUAGUCAGUGUCAAUUCUCGCUGAGCUACCCAGGCCCCCAUAUCAGAUCACAAUUAUUUAUCACGAUUACUCACUGACUUUGGAAACAUCAUGCAUUUAUUGAACUUUUUUAAAAAACUUGUCUUUUUAACAGUGGAAUUCCUUGAACUUGAAAUGUAAACUGCACUGGGUAGGGGAGGAGGCUAUUUUCAUAUGAGAAUUAUUAUAUGUUAUGUAUGGUAGUCAAAUAAAGGAAAGCCUUCCCCCAAGCAAUCAGACUUUUGAACUCUUGAUCUCUCUUAUCUUACACUGGACUGUCAUAAAUUAUAUUCUCUCUUAACAACAAACUGGCAACUGACUAUCAACCGACAGCCUGAAUGUCAUACAGCACAAUACAAUCUACUGUAUAUUUUUUAUAUACUAUUUUAUUUUAUUUGUAUUUAUUUAUUUAUUUAUUUUUAUACGAUGUGUUCUAUAUUGUGUGUAUGUGUAUCCUAUAUUGUGUGUAUUGUAUACUGUACAUUGUAUAUUAUUAUCUGUUUAUUGUGUUGUGUGCAAUUAUGUGUAUAUUAGAUAUGUAAAUUGUAUUAUGUAAAUCUGAUGUUUAUUGUAAACUGGUAUAUGUCUCAUCACUGUCAUGACUGCUAUGUUGCUUGGAACUGCACCCAAGACUUUCACCCACUGUUGCACUUGUGUAUAUGGUUGAGUGACAAUACAGUGAUUUGAUUUGAUUGA